UGGCAACACUACAAAUAUAAAUAAUCUUGCUUUAUUUACAUUUUGGUUAUCAACAAAUACGGAUUGUAUGGUAUUUAAAUUAUUAGUAGAUAAAAAAUAAAUAAAUAAACAAUAAGGGUUUCAAAAUGCGCCAGGAUUUAAAACUAUGCAGGCUUUGUGCGGCGUCCUGUGAAAACAAAACCACGACAACGCUAUUUGACAGAAGUAGAAAAUCGGAACUGCGAAGGAUAUUCCAACUUACUAACAUCCAGUUAAAAAAUCUCAGUAAUUUACCAUCCGAAAUGUGUUCAGAUUGCGAAAAAGAAUUGGAACGGGCUUAUGAAUUUCGUAAUCGAUGCAUAUCAGCGCAGGCGUAUUUUUCCAGUUCAGAAUACAAGCGUCAUUUCGACCAGAGCCAUAGCCAGAAGCAAAUUGAUUACCCCAUAGAUAAGGAUUCUACUUCAGGAAAGGUUAAAUUUUCAAAGCAAAUUGCUAACUCCAUAGAAAAGGAAUCUACUUCAGUGAAGGUUGAAUUUUUGCCAUAUACUAAGGAAAUUGAAACAGCAGAUUUGGACUUUAAUACACAUUCGGAUAUAACUAAUUUACAAGUUGCAGUAGAAAUAGAAUGUGAUUUCGAACAGCUUAACGAAGGUGAAAUGGUGCAUGAUGAUGCCCAAGUAGAGUUGGAAAGUCGGUCAUUGAAAAAUACCACCCACAAACUGUUGCCGAGAAAUAAAACCAGAGCUAUAUUGGAAGUAAACGUGGAAAAAGAUAGUGAUCAUGAGGAAACUAUCUCUCAGCCAGUAAAGCCAGACCACAGUGGAGAAGAUCCACAGGUUGAUGAUAAUCAGAAGACGAAAGCUAAAGUUGAAAAGCAGAAUAAACUACGAACAUACAUAUGUGAUCAAUGUGGUAAUAAUUUUAAGUAUCGUAGCCAUUUUUAUUCACAUAUCAAACGACACGCUGGAGUAAAGCCUCUACAAUGCGAAGUUUGCCCAAAUAAAUUUUUUACCGAAGGCGAACUUAAGCGACAUAUGCGCCGACACACCGGUGAACGUCCAUUCCCUUGUCAGUAUUGCGGUCGUCGUUUCACGGACUAUAGCACCAGAAUUAAGCAUGAACGUACACAUACAAACGAACGUCCUUUUGGGUGCCCACAAUGUGGUAAAGCGUUCACAACAUCAUAUGUUUUAAAGAAUCACAUGCUUGUGCACACUGGAGAACGCUCCUUCAAAUGUACGCUUUGCAACAAAUCUUUCCAACGACAAACGCACCUUAUAGUACAUACGCGUUCGCUGAUCCAUAAACAAAACGUUGAGCGCCAACAACAAACAAUUCAAAGAGUGAGACGCUUUUCAUUAACAAAGCUAUCAUUGAACACUUAAAAAUGAAGCGAAUUCGCUCAUUUAGUUUGUAAGGUCUGAAUGUAGUUUAGACAGUGCUGCGUGAGAAAAUAUAACUUUUAAGAGCUAUUAAACUAAUUGUUUUUUAAUUCUGUUAUUUAUUUAACGAAUUGCGGUUAUAGAGCGCAUUUCAUUAACUAUAAAAUAAUUUCGUAGGCAAGUAGAUCAUUACCGCUACUUAUAUAAUUUACAUACUAGAUAUAUAGUUGCUUAAGUGUACCUUUUAGUUAUGUAUAUAUUGAUAUUCAAGUGUAAAGAAAUAUACAAAUGUAUGCAUAUCGAAUCCAAAUUAAA